CAUAGUGAUUCGGCGGUGAAAAGGAACAAGCAAAGCACUGCCAGUCAGCGCAUCAGCAGCAACAACCGAAUCAACGUUCACCCAUUUCCUUUGCUUUCGAGCGUCGUGACACAGAGUUCGGAACAUGGCGGAUAAAGAGGUUUAUGAUGAUGCAGUGGAAGAAAGGGUCAUCAAUGAAGAGUACAAGAUCUGGAAGAAAAACACGCCUUUCUUGUACGACCUGGUGAUGACUCAUGCACUUGAGUGGCCCAGCCUCACUGUCCAGUGGCUCCCAGAUGUCCGCAGGCCAGAAGGGAAGGACUACGCUGUCCACAGGCUGGUUUUAGGGACCCAUACAUCAGAUGAGCAGAACCACCUUGUGAUUGCCAGUGUCCAAGUGCCGAAUGAUGAUGCCCAGCUUGAUGCUUCACACUAUGACAGCGAGAAAGGAGCAGAGUUUGGUGGAUUUGGUUCAGUAAGUGGAAAAAUAGAGAUCGAGAUCAAAAUCAACCACGAAGGAGAGGUGAACCGAGCCCGCUACAUGCCCCAGAACCCCUUCAUCAUUGCCACCAAGACUCCAUCGUGUGAUGUUUUGGUCUUUGACUACACGAAGCACCCGCCUAAGCCAGAUCCCAGUGGAGAAUGUAAUCCAGACAUGAGACUGAAAGGCCACCAGAAAGAAGGGUAUGGUCUUUCUUGGAAUCCCAACCUCAGCGGCAACCUUCUCAGUGCCUCCGAUGACCAUACCAUCUGUCUAUGGGACAUCGGUGCUGGCCCCAAGGAAGGGAAGGUUGUCGAUGCCAAAACCAUCUUCACAGGCCACACAGCAGUGGUGGAAGAUGUUUCCUGGCAUUUGCUCCAUGAAUCCCUGUUUGGCUCAGUGGCCGACGACCAGAAGCUCAUGAUAUGGGACACACGGUCCAAUAACACAUCCAAAGCCAGCCACGCGGUAGAUGCGCACACUGCUGAAGUCAACUGUCUGAGCUUCAACCCGUACAGCGAGUUCAUUCUUGCCACUGGUUCUGCUGAUAAGACUGUUGCACUGUGGGAUCUCAGGAACCUCAAACUGAAGCUACACUCCUUUGAGUCCCACAAAGAUGAAAUCUUCCAGGUACAAUGGUCUCCUCACAAUGAGACCAUCUUGGCCUCCAGUGGCACCGACCGGCGUCUCAACGUCUGGGAUCUCAGUAAAAUUGGGGAGGAGCAGUCGGCAGAAGAUGCAGAGGAUGGCCCGCCAGAACUGCUGUUCAUCCACGGAGGCCACACCGCCAAGAUCUCCGACUUCUCCUGGAACCCCAACGAACCCUGGGUUAUUUGCUCUGUGUCCGAAGACAACAUCAUGCAAGUCUGGCAGAUGGCAGAGAACAUCUACAAUGAUGAGGAACCAGACAACACCCCUGCAUCAGAGCUGGAGGCUCAGGGAUCUUAACCCAGUGAUAUAUAUAUAUCUCUCUCUCUCUCUCUCUCUCUCUCUCGCUCUCGCUCUCUCGCUCUCGCUCUCUCGCUCUCUCGCUCUCCAAAAGCAGAUUCAGAGACAUUGUGGACUUGUUAACAGACAGAUGGAUUCAGUCGGUCUUCUUUACUCUGCACCAUGGCUCAGAUGCUCUGAAGCAGGCCAACAUCCGACCAUUUCAGUACCAUCUCCAGUGUCUGGGUAUCUGGUGGUGAAGGUGCUUCGAGCAUAAAACUGUCAUGUGCCAGUCACUGUUAGUCAUUGAGAGCCGCUAAUCUGUUCAUGUCCGAGGGCUUUAUCCUUCUGAAGUGUGAGUGUUCAGCAGCUUUUCUUAAUGUUCCACCUGAGUUAUUGUUGGCUGUUAUUUUUCUUGCAUUUAGCUGACGCAUCACUGUCUUGUGAAGAAACAUUCCCUGUUUUUCUCCUAUAGGUUCAUAAACUGCUAUGUUGUAGUCUCGAGUGAAAGGUGUGGGACUUGACAAGUGCACUGUUCUUUCCUCUACUCUUGUUACAUGAUAAAUGACCCUGUUUUGAGUCCUGAAGCUGAGAUCACAAUUAGACAUUUGUAACUUUUUUAAAGCAAGUUCCUCAUUAAUUUACAGUUGUCCUCACUUCCAAUUUGACUAAGGCAUAACAAUCUUCACUCCUGAUUCCUUAGUUAAAGGAAAUAAAUCCACAGUGAAGAGAGUGCAAAUUCUACAAAAAGUUUAUUGAAAAGAAAGACAGGACUACAAGAACAUUGUACAAUCAAAGAGGGUGUGGGCUUUUUCAGUAAAAAUAAAGCCCUCUGAAGCUGUGGUGA